AUGGAAAAUAACAAUACAAAUAAUAAUAAUAAUAAUAAUAACAAUAAUAAUAAUAAUGAAAAUAACAUUAAUAAUAAUAACAAUGAAACCAUAGUAGUUGGUGGAAUUUCAUUUGGUGUAAAUUUUAAAAGAAAUAAACCAGCACCAUGCAGUUUUUUUAGUAGUUCUAUAGUAAAUAAAAAUAAUGAAUCAUCUCCAACAAUAAGCCCAAAACAAUUAAAAAAAAAAGAGAAUGAAGAAAAAAAUAAUAAUAAUAAAAUGGCAAAAAGAAAUAAGAAAAAGGAUAAGAAAAAAGAUAAAAAAAACUAUCAAGAGCAAUUAGCAAAUGGAACAUUGGAUCAAAAUAGAGCUAAUAGUAAUCAUGUAUAUAAUGGCAAAAAUAAAAAGAAAUUAGCACAAAAUCAACAGCAGCUGCAACAAAAUAGUCCAAAUAGCAAUAAUUUGAAUGAUCCAAAUAGCAAAAUUAAUCAACAAAAAAAGGUUAAGCAACAAAAACAAGGAAGAUAUAAUGAAGAUGAAAUUCAUAGCUUUCAAUUGGACAACAUUUAUUAUGACCAAGAUCAAUAUAAAACCAAAUUAGAAUUAAAACAAGAAAAAGAAAAUGAAUCUGUAAUAUUAGAAUAUAUUGGGCAAAUGAAUGUAUCAGAUGAUGACAAUGGCUAUCAAUCUAAUCAAAUAUUAACAGGUCUAUAUUUGGGCGACGAUCCAAUGUCAACAUUUAGCAAUAGACAGAAUAAAAAGAAAAAUAAUCAUAGUCAUAGAAAAAGUAGUGGUGCUGGUGGCAACAAUGUGGGAGGUUCUAGUGAUAACGAAAACAAUGCAACUGGUGGCCUUGAUAGUGAUGAAGAGAUUGACUUGGAUACAACCUCAUACAAGAAAAAGUGCAGACAACAAAGAAUUCAAAAUAAAACAAAGUCAUCAAAAAAGAAGAAACAAUAUGAAUCUAAAUAUAGUAAAAAAAUUCAAUUUGUUGGUGGAUCUUAUUUAUGUGACCCUUAUGAACAACCAAUCGAAAAAGUAUUCUCACCACCAAUUCUUGCAAAAAGAGUAUCUUUUCAAGCUGAUAAAAAUGAAGUUUUUUUAAUUUCCUCAUCUGGUGAAUUACAUAACAAGAACAAUAAUGAUAAUAAUAAUAAUACUCAAAUAGUACCAGAUACCACAGUUAGUUUAAGCUCCUCAUCAUCUUCAUCCUCAUCUUUAACAUCGACCUCAACAACAACUACUACCAGUACAACAACUACUAGUACAAUUCCCGAGCCAAAAUCCAAAUUCAGUCAAUUAUUUGAAAACAACGAUGCAAGUUGUGACUCUGAUUGUCAUGAAAUUAUUGAAAUUUCAGAUGAUGAUAGCAAUACUGACUAUGACGAUGAAGAUGAUACAAACCAAUACGAUUUACAUUACCAAUAUGACAGUGACGAAGAUGACGAAGAUGAUGAAGAAAAUGAAGAUGACUCGGAUGAUGGCUAUGAAAACGAUGAUUCAUAUAAUGAUGAUGAAGAUUCAUAUGAAGACCUCUCUUAUAAUGCAUCAGAGUCCGAUUUAAUGGAUAGUGAUGACUAUGACAAUCAAGAUAGUAAUGACCAAAUUAAACUAGAAUUAAAAAUUUCUCAUCUCAUCAAUGGUGUUGAGGAAGAUUCUUACGACUCUUUAGACUCAUUAGACUCAUCAGAUUCCAAUAAUGUCAGAACUACCUCGUGCUAUAACUAUAUCAACUCAGAACCAUCAGGAGAUGAACUUUUCACAAACCCAUUUAAGCAAAGAGAAAUUGUUGAAAUUUCUGAUGAAUGCUACACACUUGACUCUGAAUCUGAUUUUACUGAUCAAGAAGAAGUUAGAAAGAAUUCUUUCUCUGACUGGAUUAAAAAGGUUCAUGGCCCAUCAAUACCAUCAAUACCAUCAAAGAAAUCAUCAACUACAACCACUACAACUACCACAACCUCUACAACCACUACAACCUCAAACAAUACUAAUAAUAACAAUAACAAUAACACUAACAAUAAUAAUAAUAAUAAUAAUAAUAAUAAUAAUAAUAAUAAUAAUAAUAAUAAUAAUAAUAAUAAUAAUAAUAAUAAUAAUAAUAAUAAUAAUAAUAAUAAUAAUAAUUUAGUACCAGAAAUUAUUGAUUUAGAUGCAUAUGAUUCAUUUUCAAAAAAAACAGAAACUAUUAAUGAAGAAAACUUAAAGAUAUACAAAGAGGUUAAAAAGAAUAUUGAAGAGCUUUAUCCAUAUUUAUCAGAAUGCGUCGAAUCACAGCCAACACUUAAAAAAGAAAUUACAGAGUUAUUUGAUAAAAAUACAUCCAUUCAACAAUAUAGUGUUAAACAAAUAACAUCAGUAGCAAAUUUAUUUGAUAGACUUAUUUUACAUAAAUAUUCAAAUGAAGUACCAUUGUGGCCAAUGUCAAAGAUGGCGACCCAUCAAAUUGUAUUUUUAUCUAAACAGUACGAAAUUUUUAGAGAGAUAAAAAAGAUUCGCGAUAGGAAUGCCGUCUGUUUAUUAGUACCAUCAAAUAUUAAAAAACCAUCAAUAAAGAAAAAAGAUAGUUAUAUUUUAGCAUGUCAAGUUGAAACAGGUGCAUACUGGCUUCAUGAUACAUUGGUUGGUGGUACUCACAAUAACAAUAGUGUUGACGAUCCAAAGAAACCUGCAGGCUUAGUGGGAUUGAAUAGAGAACCCCCAUCAUCACCUUCAGGGUCCUAUCAAUAUACAAAUAAAGGCAAUAAAUAUAGAAAUGGUACUGUUACUUCAAGCUAUUUAAAUAUUCAUCAAACCAAAAAGCAAAUAUUGGCAUCUAAAAAAAUAUCUAAAAAACAACAGCAGCAGCAAAAGAAAAAGGGCAACAAUAACCAAUCACCACAUCAUCACCAAAAAACUAGUACUACAGGUGUUAGACAUGGUGACAUUGUUGCUGAAAAUGUUCAACCAAUUCCAACCUCAAACGUUGGUACAGGUCUAUUAAAAAAGAUGGGUUGGUUAGGUGGUGGUUUAGGUGCUACUGGUCAAGGUCUAGAGGAACCAAUUCAGGCAGUGGUCAGAAAAGAAAAAUUUGGUUUAGGUUACUCUUAA